CUUAGUCAAUGUUUGAAUUGACCCUAUGUAAACAUCUAUGUGGUAUGGCUGUUAGGGUGUCUAACCUUCUUUCAUUAGUCUUGUAAUCGGGCGCCGAAGAAUCCCACUGCGUUUGGAUCGAAAAAAAAAACAUCGCUCUUGCAGGCAUGGCUCAACAACUUCUAACCCUUGUUUUAGCGGCAGUUAUACUUUUUCCCUUGGCAUCAGGUACGUUCGUGACGUGUAAAAGGACAUUCACUAAAGUAGGCUGCUUCAAAUCCAGUACCAAACUCUUGGACCAAUUGCUGGUGAAUGACAGGGAUGCCUCGAGCGGUCACCUGAUCGUGUGGAAAAAAUGGCACGAAUCUCUGCACAGUUUGGCAUGCCGUUGUGCCAAGAAAGCGAGAGAGCACAACUACACCGUGUUUGCUUUUCAAAAUUUUGGAGAGUGUUGGAGUGGGACUGGUGACUACAAGGUCGAGGGGGUCUCGAGCGAGUGUUACUUGGAACUGGCCAGACCACCAACGUGCGACCGCAAUGAUCCACGGGAAUGUAUGGGCGAUGCCAACGUAAAUUACGUCUACGAACUAGAUCAAACAGAUCCCUGCAAGCCAAACCCGUGCAAAAAUGUCGGACAAUGUUCAGCAUUUACCAGCGGUUUUGUAUGCACUUGCACGUCGGGUUAUACUGGGAAGACAUGCGAAACUGUCGUAGAUCCGUGUGUACCAAACCCGUGCAAAAAUGGCGCCAUAUGUACCUCGACUGCCUCUGGUGUUACGUGCGCGUGCCCUGGGGGAUUCACAGGCCAUCGCUGUGAUCAGGACGUGAACGAGUGUUGGAUCAACAGUCCUUGUCUUAAUGGGGGCACGUGCAUCAAUACGUAUGGCAGCUUUACGUGCCAGUGCCGGCCUGGUUACCUUGGCAAUAACUGCCAAACCGACACCACCGCGUGUAGUUCCAGUCCAUGCGCAAACGGUGGCACGUGCUCUAACCAUGCGGCCGGAUACACUUGCACCUGCGCACCCGGUUUCACAGGGACCAACUGCCAAUCAGUGUGUCGCAUAGAUGUGAUAGACCUUGCAAUCCUCAUGGAUGGGUCAGGAAGUGUCGGCAAUGAUGAUUUCAUCAAUACCAAGCUUUUUCUGCUAAAAUUCGUGGACAAGCUACGCGUGUCUGCCAAGGGGACUCACGUGGGCUUCAUCUACUACAGUGACAACCCUCGCCUGUCCUUUGACUUCAAUGACCGCAACAUGUACACCCCUAUUGGUCUGAAGCUGCGGUUUCUCUCUAUCGUGUUUCCUGAUGGCGACACGCGUACCGACCGUGCUCUGAGGCUUGCUGGUCAGAAGCUGUUCACUCAAGCAGCGGGCGAUCGACAGGGGAUCCCGAAUGUGCUUUUGUUGUUCACGGAUGGGAAGACUGGGGCGGGUAGCGAGCCUUAUGAUAAAGUGCUGAAGCCACUCAAGGCCCUUGGCGUACGUACCGUAGCGGUUGGGUUCGGGCCUUCUGUUGAUUACAACGAGAUGGUAAAGCUCGCCAUGGGAGAAAAGAACAACGUCAUCACCAUCCGGGAUAUCUAUAAUCUUGAUCCCGAGCGCGUCGCAAGGCUUAUCAAAAACUUGUGCUAAUCGCUCGCUGUCUGGUGAUUCCGCUCAAGUCACGAUAUUAUCAGCUUUGUCUGUAUCUCAUUUUGGUAAUAUGUGAAGUAGUCAGGUGAAUACUUUGGUUUCUUAAAACCCACGCGCGCACAGGUUUUUCUGUGCUCUCAGUCCUAGUAAAUCUUAUUGGGAAUAAAACAACUGAUAUGUCAAA